UAUCCCCGAGGUGUGUAUGGGGAGAUGGAGACGGGAAUGGGCUAUGGGGAAGGUGAGGGGGGCCAGGAUGACGGGUAUAAAUAGAUUUGGUGUUAGUAAUAGGGGUAAGGCGGCCCUCUCAAGAGUUGCGCAGCCAAACCAUACCAUGGAAUCCAUUACGCGCCCCCUCUUUUCUCCAUGAUAUUCUAUUGACAGGACGCGGUGUGGCCGGCGAGGGACCUGUGCUUGAAGUGUGAGCCGCCAGAAUGUGGAUCAGAGGGUGCAAGAUGCGAUUUUUGAUCAAUUUUUAGCAAGUUAUAGAAGUGAAGAUCAUGUUUUGCCUUCGCAGUCGCGCCAACCUUCCCGGAUCGUCCAUAUUUCGGUUGGCCAGCCUGGUGACAGCAUGAGCGAUCUGCCCACCACUCCGUUUGAAGUAGACUUAAUCCUGGGUAGUCAGUUCCUGCCUGCACUGGCCACUGUUGACCGGGAGAACGGAGAACCAGUGGCCCGGGUUGGAGUAUUGCAGUGUCGCAGGUGCAAUGCAAGCUUCUUACAGGUGAGGGAGGCGCUGUCCCACUACCGCCUGCACAUCUUUGAGACACACAAGGAGCACUUCACGGUGGUGGUCGGAGGCACCUGUCCACUCCCCGGCUGUAUCCUUGGAGCAAAGAAGAUCCCCACCAUACACUUCCACUGCUCCUACUGCUGCUUCAUGUCCACUGAGAUCAUGGACUUGCCGCUACACAUGGAGAAGCGUCACCUGGCAUUCUACAGGGAGGUUAGCCUGGUGCUGCGCGGUGAUGACAUCCAGCGCACCAAGGUGUACACAUGCGGCGAGUGUGGCAUCAAGAUCCAGGGCACCGUGUCCAUCGUGCGGCACCUUUUAGCACAUGACACUGACCAGCAGAAGCCCGCCAUGGCACUCUUGAACGGCACUGGUGACGGCGGUGGCCAAGCGCUGCUGAACGGGGAAGGUAGAUGUGAUAGUGACAGCGGCGGCGGCAAGGAAGGAAACACAUUCUCCGAGCACGUGUUGGCUGGAGAAAAUGGCAUUGUGAAUGGGUAUGAGGAGAGGAAACCAGUGGAGAACGGUCUGAGUCUGAAGGAGGAGAGCGUUGACGUACACUUCAUGCGCAGCCUACAGGGGAUGGACGGCGGGCUAGGGAUAGGGCACUACUACCACAGUGAGGGGGAGAUGGGUGAUGGGGAGGCCAUGGACAUUGCCUCAGACCCCCAGCCGUACCUGCACAGCCCCUUGGAGAGCAUGCAGGUGGAGAUUAAUCCUUUGGACAUCCUCACAACUGUCAUGGAGGAGGACCAGAAGAGCACCAAUCCUGUCUUCCCACCUGAGCACUUCCUCCUCACCUUACCUGCCCCUGCACACUUCUUGGAGGGGUCAGGUGAGGUGGUGGGGCAGGAGGAGGUGGCCGAGGGGACGCCAGAAGCACAGGAGCAGGAUGAGGAUGCAGGAAGCACAGAAGGAUACUCAGAUGUCCCUAGCGAUAUCUUACUGGACCAUCCGGGGCUGUACAACUGUGACCGCUGUGAGGAGACCUUCCGCUACCAACACCAGCUGGUCACACACAAACACCAGGUUCACCAGGCACUUGAGGCCCAGUUUGAGUGCCAGGUGUGUGGGCUGGAUUUCACAAUGGUGCAGGAGCUGAAGAGACACAUGAUGACACACUCGGGGGGCAGCGUCUUCUCCUGCAGCGUGUGUGGCCAGACCUUCCCUGACCGGCCAACGUUGAAGGCUCACACUGUCACUCAUGGGGGAUCCACGGAACGCUCCAACAAGUGUGAGUCAUGUGGCGUGGAGUUCCCUUCCAAGUCUGAACUGACGCGACACAUUGUGAAGUACCAGGGAACGUGUAACCCCAACAAGAGUGAGGGCGUUCGUUGUGCCACAUGUGGAGAGGACCUGCCCACCCUAGAGGCCCUGAAGGUGCACCGCAGGACAGCACACCCCACCCCUGAGGUCACCCCGGGCUCCGGCAAGAAGGGCUUCGAGUGUGACUACUGCGGGAAAACUUUCAACUGCCGCUCCAACCUUCGUGACCACUUGGUGGUGCACACCGGGGAGAAGCCUUACCCGUGUGACAUCUGCGGCAAGUCCUUCAGCUUCAUCCACAACAUGAAGACCCACCGGCUGACUCACAACGAGGGGAGGAAUGAGGUGUGUCCAUACUGUGACAAGGCGUACAAGAGCAAGAUCUCCCUCUACUACCACAUGAAGAAGGGUAACUGCAAGGGACUCUCCACUAAAGAAGUACCAGAGGGCUACCACCGAUGCACCGAGUGUCUGCAGAUGUUUGCCAGUGAGGACCGGUACAAGAGCCACAAGGAGAAGGGCCACUGCCAAGUCUCACAUCGUUGCCAGCACUGCGGCCUUAGGUGCUCAACGGAAGCCAGGCUGCAGAACCAUCUCCAGAAGGGCUUGUGUCUUAAGAAGGAAAGCGAAUCCUCGGGAGGCGGCUCAGACCCUCCACCGAAGCGGCGCCGAGCCCACAACAAGGAACGAGAGAAGCCACAGGAGGAGAUUGUGUGUGACCGCUGCAACUACACCAAGGACUGCUGCUACUUCUCCUGCAAGCACUGUGGCAAGCGAGUGUUCUCCAUCAUGGCCUACACAAUGCACCAAGACAAAACCUGCUCCAUUCUCAAGCAGCGACGGGAGCGCAUCCGCAUGGCCAUCAUGGAGAAGCGGCGGAGGAGGGAGGACCCGAGCCUUCCCCCCUUGCCUGACCUGCCGCCACUGCCCGAGACCCCGGUGCACAAUUCAGGCCGGUACACGUCCCACAGAAAGCUACUGAUGCUUGACCACAGAAGACCCAUAAAGACGGAGAAAACCACACCAGUCAAGGAGAAGAAAGUGGUGGUCAAGGAAGAGCCAAAGGAGGUGAAGGAGGAGGUAGUCACACCCCCUGUCACCACCACACCCAUCACCACCCCCAUCACCGCCCCCAUCACUACCCCCAUCACCACGCAGGGGGAUGGUGAGGGUGACGACAGCAGCUCAGGGAGUCUCACGGAUCUCUCCACCUUCACCUCACCAAACAUCCUGCAGCCGGUCACCAACGCCAGCGAGUGAGGUGCGAGGUGCCGGCCUGCAGUGCCCCUCCUGAACCUGGCACUGCUGCCCUACCUGCUGGGUCAGAGUAGGUUGUGAGCUGAGCCUACCCACGCUGGAUGGGCUCGCUUUGUACUCAGUUAUCGUACCUGACUUUCCCUACGUGCCAAAGAAAGGCUAGUGUUGAUGGCGAUGGUGGACGGAGAGGCAGAGAAGAAGAGGAAGGGAAAAGGACUCCUCGUGUUGAGUUCCCACAUGACAGACAGUUCCAGGACUUGAGGGCUGAAGGAAAGGCAGUGGAGAUGAACGAGGGGAGAGAGGGAGGGGAUGGAGGAGGUGUGGCAGAGGCAGAGACCAUGGGGAUGGACCAAUGAAUUGUGAAGAGACUAGAGAGACAAAGAGAAGGGAGGAGAGGAGGGGGAGGAGGAGGAGGAGGAGAAGGAGGUGUGUUAAUAAGAGGAGAGCUGUGUCACCUCUCUGUCACACAUAUCCAGCAAGGAAAAGCAUUGUCUUGCAUCUAUUUAGUGAGUGUUUCCUCCUUUGCUUGUGAUAGUAAAUUUAAGCUGAGACACGAAGGAGAGGCAAGGUCACAAGACUGGCCGAGUUGACAGGACGCUUGAUGCACGAGUGAGUGGCAGCCGUGUCACGUGGGUCCCUCUGUGCCAACAGGAGGGAGUUUUAUCAGUGUUUGUUAGCGUUAUUUGUACGAGAGGAUGUGGCAGCGUAGGCUUGGGUUUGUGUGCGGACCAACUCAAAUGCAUGACAUGAAAUACAUUGGUGGUGGUCAGUGAGGAGUGUUGCAUGACUGCAUGUUUUUUUCAGUGGCAAGAAGGAAAGUGUUGUGCGUUGCAUUGCAUUGAAGUCUUCCUGAUGCCUCGGUGAAAGACACUUUGUCAGCCAAGAGUGACAGUCUUAACUUGUUGCCACAACCUUGAAUGAACUAACCACUGCAACUCACUGUCUGUCUGAGUGAGGUGAAUGCUGAGUUCAGGAGCCAGCGUGUGACAACUCAUGUUACUUAGACGGUUUGUUAAGGGACGCAGCGAAAGGUUGGUUUAUUAUUCUGGUGUAUUGGUAAAGUAAUCAUCUUUUUUACUGGAUGUUGGAGUGUGUGUGUGUGUGUGCGUGCGUGCGUGUGUGCAUGUGUGUGCGAACAAAUUAAACUGUAUGAGUCAAGAUUGAACAAAAAGCCAGGACAACAGAAUGCAUUACAACCUUGACAGUGCAUCAGGAAAACAAACAAAGUAACCAACUGACAAUACAUCCUCAUAUGAAAUAAUGAAGUGCUAAAGAAAAAAGAAAACGAAGAGCGACAUUUUAAACGUAACCACUCAGGAAAUGUUUGUUGUGUUUUCUUGAAUGUAAACUGUCAUUUCUUUUUCUCUGGGACCGUCAAUUCAAUGUCUGCUGCUUAUGUUGACUUUCUGUUUCUUUGGCUUGUCUGAGAGUGCGUCGUAUGUUGCGUGGGUGACAGUUCCGUUCCGUUUCCUUCCGUUGUGUUCCGUUCCGUUUCUUUUUAUUCUGGUCUGUUUUGCUCCUGUUCUGUUCUCUUCAAUUCUGUUCCGUUUCACUCUUAAAUUCUUCCUUUCCAUUCUGUUCUAUUUUUCUCCUGUUUCAUUCCUUUCUCUACUGUUCCAUUUUGCUCCUUUUUUGUUCCAUUCCUUUCAAUUUUGUUCCAUUUUGCUCCUGUUCUCUUCCGUUCCUUUCCAUUCUGUUCCGUUUUGCUCCUGUUCCAUUCCAUUCUGUUCCGUUCCUUUCCAAUUUGUUCAUUUUGCUCCUGUUCCAUUCCAUUCCGUUCCUCUCCAUUCUGUUCCGUUUUGCUCCUGUUCCGUUCCUUUCCGUUCUGUUCCGUUUUGCUCCUGUUCCGUUCCGUUCCUCUCUCAAGACAAUGUUGAGUUUGUAUAUGUAGAAUUUUUAAGUCCCUGGCAAUCCUUAGGUUAUUUGUGUAUGAUUUUGGUGUUACUAUUAUGAGCAUUGCUAUUAUUGUUCUUUUACACUGAUGUUAAAACAGCUAAGGUAUAAUUCACUUAAGUUAUUUAUGUAUUUAAUUUACGUAAUGUUGAUGCCGGUACAUAAGAUGGAGUGUUUAUCCUCGUGUAUCUGUUUCUCAAUAUACCAAGCCACUGCUGCUCCUUGAAAUAUUAAAAAAAAGAAAUAUAUAAAGCUUUCACCCUUUCAUCUUUUGCCUCCAUAGAUACAACUCUCUCUCUGUCUUUCUCUUUUUGUCUAUCCAUACCUCUCUCUUUGUCUAUCCAUAUCUCUCUCUCUCUCUCUCUCUCUCUCUCUCUCUCUCUCUCUCUCUCUCUCUCUCUCUCUCUCUCUCUGACAUAUUUCCAUUUUCCACUGCUAUCUGGCUAAUCUUUCCACAAUUGCUAACAUCACUCAUACACCUGACUUGCUCCACCAUCUCCAAGCAUUUUACUUUAGUCUGUCUACUCUAAAGUGGCUCAUGGGUCUCACAUUGAAUGGUGCCCCAGGGAAUGCGUGGUUGUCCUAUCUUGAGACAAACCGUGAGCUGUCCUUGUAAAAAGUGCAUUGAUCAAGAGAAAAGUAUUAUUCACAUCAAAUCAAUUACGUUAACAAGCUACAGUAUGUUUUAAAUCCAGGAGCCAUUUUACAGUAGCCAGACUGAGUAUACCUAUAAAGUGCUUAAGCUAUCAUUCUUUAUUCCCCUUCUUUGUUCUUGAUGCUUAUAAAGACUUCAUACAUUGCCAGGAACCAGUUUACAGUAGACAGACUAUACCUGUUAAGUAGAUAAGCCAUCAUUUUUAUCUCCCUUUCUUCUUGAUGCUUAUAAAGACUUCAUACAUUGCCUCUAGUGUUGGGAAUUGUUGUUUAUGAUUGCUAAAAGAAGGAAAGGUUAAAAGUUGGCCAUAGUAUUCAAUAUGUACUGUUUGUGGCAAUUCUUUCAUCUUUUUUUUGUUAGUAUAUGCAAUGAUAGCACUCUCUCUCUCUCUCUCUCUCUCUCUCUCUCUCUCUCUCUCUCUCUCUCUCUCUCUCUCUCUCUCAGUGAUAAAAAGAGAAAAAGUAUUAAAAAGUUAUCAUAGUGUUCAUUUUACACCUUUGAUGACUAUAAGUUCCACCCUUGAUAGAUAGAAUUCCUCUCUCUCUUCUUCUGUAUCCCAAUCCUUUAUAUUUACUAGAGAAGAAAAAAUAAUGAACCAUAUCCAUUUUAUCCAGAGUAAUGUUUUGUUUAUCUAUUAUUACUCAAAAAUUAUUAAAAAGGCUUGGAAUUUUUGCUCUGACAUUAUAUAGUGUUGAUUAAGCCUCUCUCUCUCUCUCUCUCUCUCUCUCUCUCUCUCUCUCUCUCUCUCUCUCUCUCUCUCUCUCUCUCUCUCUCUCUCUCUCUCUCUCUCUCUCUCUCUCUCUCUCUCUCUCUCUCUCUCUCUCUCUCUCUCUCUCUCUCUCUCUCUCUUGCCAAACAUGUACCGAGAGAGAAAUACCACUAAAGUUUUGAUGUGGUGAAGUAUCUGUCUUUAUCAAUUCAUCUACUUAAAGCUUGCAUAUUUUCCUCUAUUCUUUCAUUAUUCUUAACUCCCCACUAAAGUUUUGUUGUGAAUAAGUUUCUUGUCUUUAUCAAUUCAUCUAUUUAAAGGUUGCAUAUUUUCCUCUUUUCAUUAUUCUUAACUCCUCACUAAAGCUAUGAUAAGAAUAAGUAUGUCUUUAUAAACUUAUCUAUUUUAAUGCUUCCCUGUUUUCCUCUAAUCUUUCAUUCAUUAUUCUCAACUCACCACUAAAGCUUUGAUGUGAAUAAGUAUCUUUCUUUAUCAUUUCAUCUAUUCAAAGCUUGUAUAUUCUUUUCUGAUCUUGUUUUAUAUCUUGGCCUACAAACCUCUUACAUUUCUUCCCUUUUUCUCUUAGUUAAUCUUCUUCCAGUGCUUUAUAUUCUUCACACAGCUUGGGAACCUUUGAUAUGAAUUGCCACCAUCUUUACCCAUCAUUCUAUCUUGUACUCAAAGCCUGUUGUCUGUCUAUAUGUACCUGUCUAUCUAUCAUAUUCAAAAUCUGCUUUCUUUCAAUCUACAUAUCUUAUUUUUCAAAGUCUGUUAUCUUUUAAUCGAUCUAUCUUAUAUUCAGUGUCUUAUCUAUCAGUGAAUCUAUCUUGUAUUCAGUCUUUUAUUGAAGUCUUAUCUGUCAUUCUAUCUUAUAUUCAGAGUCUGCUGUCUUUUAUUCCAUCUAUCCUAUAUUCAACAUCUUAUCUAUUACUAUCUAUCUUAUAUUCAAAGUGUGCUCCCUAUCAGUCUACCUACCUUAUAUUCAAAGCCUCCCUAUUCAGGUAAUUUUUGUAUUUAUUUAUCUAUUAUUUUUUUAUUGAACCAUGUCUUACUUCCUUUGUAAAUUGAUACCUGUCUAUCUUGUGUUCAAAGCCUCCUCUCCCCUCUCAGGAUAUAGAAGAGGACAUGGAAUAAUUAAGCAGUACAUUUUUGGUGUUAUUAGUUGAAGUAAAUAUAGAAAUCGGAAAAAGAAAAUAUAAUAAUGGUAAACACAUCUUAUAUACCGGCAAUCUGGGUAUUUAUUUAUUUAUUUAUUGUGAAUCUACUACUACUACUACUACUACUACUCCUUCAGGCUAAUAGUGCACAAUAGUAUAAGUAAUAAUGCAUUGGGUUUUUUUUUUUUUAUCUAAUUUUCAUCCUGUGACAUUGUGAGUGUGUGUGUGUGUGUGUGUGUGUGCGUGCGUGCAUACGUUAAAAAAAUUAGUCAUGGGCAUGGAGUCAUUCUUUCCUUGCAAAUUUUCGCUGUGAUAGCCAAUAAAAAAACAAAAACAAAAAAGAAAAGAAAAAAAAAUGAAAAAAAAUAGGGUUCAUUGAGGCACAAGGGCACAGGAGGAGAUCACAGGGAUAGAUGGGGGAUGCAACUGAUUCACUCGUCUAACUCCACAGCAGCCGUAUACGAUAGUGUGGUAGUACGUAACCUGUAUUGUGUGAGAGAGGGGCAUUAGUACACCAAGAAGCACAGGGGAAGGAAGUUUGCUUAGGUGUUGUUGAGGCAGGCAGGAAGAGGUGUGUGUGAGUCUCAAGGUGGAAGUCUGGUUAUAAGAGGAGGAGGAGGAGAGUGUUUGUGUUAGAAGAGAAGGAAGUGUUUUAUGUGUUAGCAAUGAAAGAGGAAUGCUUUGGUUAAGGAAAAGGGAAAGUUUGAAGUUAUAGAAAAGAAAGAAAGGAGAAGAAUGUGUUUAAGUUAGAGGAGAAAUAAGACAAAUUCUUAAGAGAGGAGUGUUUUAGAUCAGAGGAGAAUGAAGAGGUCUGCUUUGGGAAGGAGAAAGUGUAAUGUAUAAGAGAAUGGAGGAGAACGAGACCAUUUAAAUCUUAGAGGAGAAAGAAGAGGAAAGUCAUAGAACAGAAAUAAGGGAGGAGAAAGAAAGCGUUUAAGGUUUAGAGAAGAAAAGCAAAGUGUUGAAGUCUUAGUAGAGGAAGAAGAGAGGAGAAAAAGUUAAGGCAAGCUUAUAGAAGAAAAGAGAGGAAGAGAAAGUGUUCCAAGUCUUAGUGGAGGAAGAAGAGGUUUGGUUAAAGUUUUAAGUGGAAGGCAGGAAUGAAAGGAAUUGUGUGAAGUGUGAGAAGGAAGAGGAUUAAUAUUCUCAAGCAAAGGAAGAUGUAAUGGCAGGAAGUCACCUCAUCUGUCUCACCGCCCCAUGCCUGUCUGCAAAGUGUCCAGUGCAAGACGCAGCAACAUCGACUCACCACAUCUCAUCACCAGAAUGUGUUACAGCAUUCACAAAGCAAGACAACUAACUCCAGUGACUCACCACUAACUCACCACUACACCCCAUCAUCACUCAACACUUCCGAGUCACAGUGAACGUGGUUGUGAUGUGUAAUACUUAACUCAGCCCCUCAGUGGGACUCACAGACACUCGGGGCACAUCAGGACAGGGAUUGGAAAGUGUCUGGCUUGUGAUAAUGUGUCACAAUGUAUCAUCUCGCGUUGGAAUGUAUCGUCUUGCGUUGGAAUGCGUCUUAUCGUUCCAUCUCGCCCUGACAAAGUGUGAUACAACAAAUGCUCUUGGCGAUUUUUUGUAGCAUUUCCAUAGUGUUGGUACUGACAGCCUGUGUUUCCUGCUGGGCAUUACAUAAAGUUCCUUAGUUCACACUGCUGCUGUUGACGUCGUGUGGGAGGUUGUGACGCUGCAGGAUUCGUGUGUGGACGGUGAAAAGUGCAUCUCUGUUGUGUCUUCCCCCAAGGUUGUCUUUUGAUUCUAAUAGUGUUUUGUGACGUUAAACUCUUUGGUGUCUCGUCAAUCACCAGGUUACUUUUUGCAUUGAGGUCAGUGUUUGCUGUCUGCUUUGAAAACCACUUGUAUGGGGGAUCAUUAAGAAGCAUUGCCAGGCUUGUGUGUUAGCAGCAGUGAACUACAAGCCUUAGGAAGGAACACAAUAAGGAUGCUUUUUACACCCUCCAAACACCUGAGUCCUGGUUUUUGAGUUCAAUGUCUCUAUCCUGACUACUUUCAACAGGCUCUGGUACACCUUGCAAGGGUUGACCAGGGUGUUUUGUGACCCCAGCGAUAGACUAGCAGGUUUUAGUGGGCGUUGUUGGGGUUUUGAUGGGUGUUUUGAUGAUUGCAGUGAUAGUUUGGCAAGAAUUGAUCAGAUAACCACCCUUGACAAUGUGACUAACAGCAUUGAGGCCUGUGAAAGUAGUGCUGGUGAGAGAGCAAGGCAAUUCAAGCUUUAUUUUCAGUAGAACUUUUUAAUUGGGUAUCAGGGUCAUGACAGAUUCGUCUGGAAAAAAAAAAAGAACAGACAAGUCACUCAAGCUUCCACUUUCACAAAAAAACAGCAAGAGCAAUGCCACACAGCAAACACAGCAAGCCGGCGCCACAGCAAUGAUCCUCGCCGUUUUGUGAGACUUUGUGAUACCAGACAACAUGGGACAGGACUGAGUGAGCAAGUCCACACAAAGUCCAUACCAGUCCCUUGCCAAGCACAGUGUAUACUUUGACAGACAAAUGCUGGUCUAGCAAUAGUGCCAAAGCAGAUACCAGUAUGUUCGUAGGCCGUCUCUCGUAGGACACUCACACACACAGGUAGCUGGUCAUGAGGCUGUAGUGAUAUUUGUACUGUUUUGUUGAUCUUCUGGUAGCCGGCAGCACAGCGUAGGUGGCGAGGUACAUAUCACCAACCCAAGUGUUCAUGAAAUAGUGUUACGUAGUGUGUUACAUAGAGCAAGUUGUCACCGCCGCCGCCGCCGCCAACACUUUAUUACCACCGUAUUCUCAAAUGUUUCAGUGUCUCGCCUUGACUGCUUUCAACAGGCUGCACUGGAGGUCACUGCAGGUUUCCAAGGGUGUCUUCUUAGCCUCACUAAUUGUUUUCCAGACUAGUGGAAGUUACUGGAUGUUUUUAUAGUGACAGUGAUUGUUUUCCAGGCUGUAGUGGAAGUUAUUGCAGUGUUUUCAUGAUUGAAGUGAUAGUUAGUGGAUGUUUAUAAUGACUGCAGUGAUGGUUGUCUGGACUGUAGUGGAAGUUACUGGGAUUUGUAAGAAGAGAAACAUAGCUAAGUGAACCUGCCUGAUCAUCUCUGUGGCCUGUGGAAGUAGUUGUGGAGAGAGAAUGUUUCAGAAUGCGUCUCUUAGUCUUCAGGGUAACGGCAAGGAACUGAUGCAUAUCCAGGGUUGUCCGUGAGGGCGUGCAGGCGACGUCUCACUGUUUGCUGUUUGUUGAGCCGGGAGUGAAAUGCGUUAUGAAUGAGUUUUGUUCCUUGAGUAAAGUUUGUAAAUAGGAUUGCAUGUGAAUUCUUUUAAUGUUUUGAUUAUAUUUAACAGAACUUGUCAUAUUUUCUUCUUUUUUACAUGACACACUGAGGUCACAAGACAUGCUUAUCUAUUUAUGUUCCCUAACUUAUUAAUUUUACCACAUGUACUGACUCUACAUAUAAACUAAUUUAUUUACUUUUUACAUUUAGUUUUAUCAUGACAGUUUUGAUUAUAUUUAACAAAACAUGACUUUUUUCAUGUAUGACACACUGAGCCCACAAGACAUUACUACCUAUUUAUAUUACCUAACUUAUUAAUUCUACCUUGUUGUGUCUUGAUUUUACAUAAUUUGUUUACUUUUGCCCCACAUUUCAGCUUCUUCAUGACAUACUGGGGUCAAAACACAUUAUUACCUCCUUGUUGUAUUUUCUUAUUUAUUUGUUUCUAUCAUGUGCUGUAUUUUUUCUAUAUGUCCAAACUUGUUUCUUUUAAUAUCCUUUUUUUCUUUUCUUUUAUUUAAUUCUUUUUUUUUUCAGGCCACAGGUCACAUUUCCUUCCAUUCAAACUGCCUACCUCUUAUGUUUCACCUUGAUCCUACACCUGUUCAUUUAUCUUAUUAGUGAUUCAUGUUUUCCGCAUAUCAUUCCAUAUUCUUUUCACAACUAAGACUGUCACACUUCAUCACUGUUAUUUAGACUUACUUACUUUUUUGUUUACAUUCUACCUUUAUUCUUUUUUUUUUCCAUCAUUCCAUCCUUUCAUGACUAAGGCCACAGCACAUGUUUUUUUUUUUUUUUUUUUUUUUUUUUUUUUAUCAGGAAUUUAGUGCAUCACUGUAUUUAUUUUUUAUAUUCAGAAUUUGUUGUUAUUAUUUUCAUUCAGGUUUAGCAAAAGCUUCAUGGUACAUACAUACAUAUUUAACCUUUUCCAUGACAGAUUAUUACUUCCAUUUAUAUUCCCAAACUCAUGAAUGUAACUUGUACAAUAUUUUACGUCCCAUCUUUCCACACUCACACACACACACACACGCUUUCAUUCCAUUUCCAUUUACAAACUCACUGAUACCAUGAAUCUUACACUAUUCUCAUUAUCUCACACACUAAACCAUCUCUACUCCAUCUCUUUUCAAUUUCCCAUGUUUACUUUACAUCUUGUACCAUCCCACCUUUUUACUCAAUCUAUUUCUAUCCACACACAUUACCUACAUAAUCUCACACACAUAAACUAUUUCUACUCCACCUAUCUUCAUUUUGUCACCAUUCCACCUUCCUUUAGAUGGCCCACAUCAUUUCAUAACCUAUUUCUAUUUACACUCAUUAUUUGACCAAAGCCUUCAUGAAACCUGUCCUCUUGUUCUUGUUUCACUUGUUUUACCAAUUCCCUUGUGAGUGCAACUGGGGCUGCACAACACACCCUUGGCUUUAAUUUAUAGGCAUUUUUGAGGUGCUGGAAGUGUUGUGUGGUAUGCAUGCGAAUGAGAGAACGUGUAAGGGAGAGGGAGAGAGAGAGAAGGGUGUACAACUCUCUUUAACUAGACUAAGCUCAUCUGAUCCGUCUAAAACAAGAGGACUUACCCCGAACAAUCGCUCACAGCAAUAAAUGUCACUGUUAUAGCCAUGUUUCUGUAA